UCAAAGAAUCAUCCUCAAGAGCACUGAUGGGCAUUUUAUUGAAAUCAAUUCAAGCAAAGUUUAGCAGUUAUAGCAUCGUUUCACUAUUUGGGAGGGAUUUGUUAAGUUCAGUUCGGUUUUCUUAAGUGAUAACAAAUAUACUAACUACAUAGACGCUAAUAUGACGGUCUCAAAACCAAUUAGUUUUAAUUCAAUACUUACACGGACGCAUAAAAACUAACUUUUGCGGCUUAGAAAGAGUGGGGAGGUAAAACUCGUUAAAAACAUUCUUUUUAAAGGAAUACCGAGACUUGACGAAAUUUCUGGAAUUUCACAAACGAAGAGAAAAGGAAGAAAAACAAAUAUGUUAGUGAAUAGUUGUAAUGUCGACACAUUGUCAUGAACUAAAAUCUACGCUUUCAUAUACAAACAAGAAAAUUAAACAUUGAUAGCUAAAAUCUAGUCUGAAAUAGAUAACAUUUCCACAUUUUUAAAGCCAUUCCAAAUAGUCGUCUUUAAAAUGACGCAGUUUUUUGUAAUUGUGUACACUAGCGAUGAAACUCUGUCAGUUUAAGAACGGAUCCACUCUUGAAAGCGAUUUUAAUACGGCGCAUUUGAAUAGCGCCCUAGUUUCGAUGGCCGCUGUAUGAGUGGAGGGAGUGAUAAACAUCCAACGCGAACCUCGGUUUCAACUGAAACCGCGUUCGUUUUACGUAAAUUCGAGCUCACACACCUGGAUAGCAAAACAUAGCGAAAAACUAACAUUUGCUGUUAACUUAUCAUGGCUUUUUGAAAAGGAAGCGCAGAUUUACGGAAAACAAGCUAAACGAAAAAAAUUGAAGAAAGGUUUGUCAAAAAGGCAAAAAGAAAUGUCAACGUUUACGAAAACUGAUAACAUCUAGAACUGUCGAAAAUAUAUAUUAUAUAUUUUGAACUAAUUCCAUUUUGCCGUUUCGUAAAUUGUCAUUGUUCAAUGUUUGAACAAGUUUGUCGCGCUUUGAAGAUUUAUCGUUGCGGGGUACUUGCUUUGAUGAAAUUCGUUUCCGAUAUGACUGUUUAUUUAGUUUAUGGUAAUUUUUGAUAUUUCAUCAUUAAAUAAGCGUCACUUAACUUAUGUGUCAUGCUUUAAACAAACAGCACAUAAUCAUGACACAUCCGAACAUCCCCCAGUUUCAGCAUAAAAGCAAACGGUGUUGGGAUAUUUGACUGCAUGUCUUGCGGAGCAUUUUAAAGUCAUAGUGAUAAUAUAUAUCAGAAUACGCCCGUGAACAAUUUCGAACCUCUAUGAUGGCAAAUUGUUCUUCAAACCAAAGUGACCCAGAAAGCUGUAACAUUUCUUUCUUUUGCCGUCACGAUCCUUCACUUCUUCUUCAAGUACCGAAGAAUCUCUACUACACCUACAUCGUAACAGCGACCUUCAACGCGCUAUUUUCAUUAACAGCAUUUCUUGGAAAUGCUCUUGUCCUGACAGCUUUGGUAAGAACCCGCCUCCUACACUCGCCUUCUAAAGCGCUGCUCCGAAGCCUGGCAUUGUCGGAUCUUUGUGUUGGUUUGUUCGUACAACCCGUGUACAUUGCUUACUGCUUGUCUGGCGUCGUGGGAAACGGCUGGGUUCGUUGUGCGUCGUGGAUCGUUUAUCCCGUACUCAGCGACUACUUUAUCGCUGUGUCUUUCUUCACCAUGAUUGCCAUAAGUAUCGAUAGAUACUUGGCAUUACAUCUUCGCUCGCGUUAUCGCUCAGCUGUAACAAUAAGGAAGGCAAACAUCACGGUUCUGACGCUGUGGAUUACAAGUUUGAUUUUCCCAAUCACGCGCUUGGUAAAAGGAAACCUCUCGGUUGCUUUAUCCAUUGCCUUUUUUGCGUUAUUUGUGCUGAUACCAACUUUUACACACUUAAAAAUUCAUCGCAUGUUACAGAACCAAGGGAGACAAGUUUCAAACCAAUUUUUCCUACACCGCGAGGAAAGCUACCUUUCAAUUAACAAAUACAAGAAAUCCGUUUCUGCAAUGCGUUACAUCUAUAUUGCGUUAAUGUUAUGUUAUAUUCCCAUCACUUUUGUAGCCGUUCUAUAUAUCAAGAAUGAUUCGACUAUGCGGAAGUAUCUCUUGCCAGUGGGACAUUUUGCGACCACGCUGCUGUUCUUUAACUCUUCUUUAAACCCAGUUUUGUAUUGUGUUCAGAUCAGGCAGGUUAGAGGAGCCAUGUGGAACCUUGUAAAUAACUUGAUUCCUUGCUGUUAGGUUUUGAUGAUACAGAACGUGCCAACUAGGGUAGGCUAAUACUGACAAAUAUAUGAUUAAAUAAUUAGGGACAGUAACAGCGACAUGUAGAAACACACUGAAUGAUGGUCAUGGCAACCUUGAAUGACAUUUCCUGAAAAUCUCUAUUGAAGUCACCAGUUCUUUCCUCUUUGUAGUGAAGUUGUGUCCAGAGGAAGUUGUAAAUAUUCUAAGACUCUAAUAUAAGAACAUUAAACAACGCCGGAAAAUAACCUUUCUCUCUGCUAAAAACUUCAUUACGCCAGUGUUAAACUUUGAAGAAUUUUCCGAGUUUUCUCAUAAACGUUUAAACAAAAAUCGUGAUUUUUUUUAGGGUGCUAUAGUGGCGAAACAUUUAACCAAUAGAAAAAAUUAAAACUCCAAUCACUUACCGUGUAGCACUAAAUUUUUGCGUGUUCUAAUUUUUGCGAUUUUUGCCGUUUUUUCCACGAUCCGCAAUAAAAGUUCGCGCACAAAAAAUUCCCGCAAAAAUUUACUCCAGUGACGAAAUUAUACAUAAAAAUAUCACAAGUGGAAUCUUGUUGCUGCCAUUUAUUUAAAACGACUUUUUGUUCAGAAACAAACCGAUGAAAAGAGAAACAAAACGUUCAGAAAUAAAAAAGGUUUACAGGAAAGAAUCGUCUGAAGGUACUCCAUUGAGAAGAGCAUCUACAAUUCCGCACAAGAGCACGAUGUAAUUGUGAUAGAGUGAAACUGAUUACUGGAUUACUGUGUUUUACAUCUCUACGUGUUUUCUCACUUGUCAAUUGCAUGAAAUUUUCGUAAUUUCAGUCAAAGGCGACUUUCCUAAAGCCGCAAAAAUUAGUACCCAGCAAGAAAAACCAGUUUUUUUACGAUCGCAAAAAUUAGUUCCCGCAGAAUACAACAAAUCGCCAAUUCGCAAAAAUAAACACCCACAAAAAUUUAGUGUCGCACGUUAUAUUCACAGUAACCUGUAAACUUUGAGUUUGUCAUGGAUCAUCAGCCAUGUUUUGGACGUUAAAAAAGCGAAAUAAAACAUAACCACCCAAAGUUUGGAACACUGAAAAAUUUAAAGGUUCACGGGCAACACAAACAAGAAAAAUCAGCAAAAUAGAAGCAACCAAGAAGAAUUAAAGUGUUUCAGAUUUGCUAAAUUGGAUAAAUAUUUCCUUCAAAGCUCUUUGUAAGUACGAAGAGUUUACGAAGAUAAUGACGACAAAUGACUGUGCUUUAUGGUCACUUAAAGAAAUGGUGGCUUUUAACCUCCUGUUGGAUAACUCGACAUUCUUCUCAACAAAAAUAAAUAAUUUUACCGUAAUCAACAAAGCUUUCGUAAUAUUUAUUGUGUUUAAUCAAGGGAAAAUUAAGCUCUCUUGAUUUUCUUUAUGUUUUCAUUCGCUUUUGUUAGAAAACUGACAGAUUUUAAGUGUUUUCCGGCGCUGUAAGAAAAUAAAGACAUAUUGUGAAGCCCUCUAUAUUGUAAACCAUAUAUAUGUCACUUCUCAAAAUUUGCCUUAGCAGCUUCACUCGACAAUCUGUGAUCUUCUUUUCGCGAAAUUUUAGUAAAGGAAGGAGAAAAGACGUCUUUUAACUUGUUUGCCUUCCUCUACCGCCUUCUCUCCAUCCUUUGGGCUUCAGUUUGCAAAAUAUAUUUGAGUAUGAGACAGAAAAUACAGAUAUCAGUAAUGCAUAUAUGUAAAAGGUUAUCGGAGAGGAAAGUUGCGUCACAUGCAACAUGAGUUGCCGGGUAAACUUCCGAGAUUAAGCACCACCCUGUAACCAUAACAGACAACAGUUUCUUUUUUUGCGAUGUUUCUGAGAAACUCGACAGAACUAUUGAUUCUUUUUGAACUAACUUCGCACCCUAAGAAACACUCUGAACGCUUAGGAGGUCAUAUCGCACGUUCUUAGCCAAGUCUUAGACUUCGUACUGCGUGUUAAGUUUUUUUGAUUUAGGUUUCUGAAAACUAAUUUAUGUUAGUUUACUAAAUUGUUUUUUGGGGGUGGCCAACCUAUGAGGAAACUUGUUCCUUUUUCUUGGCCUUCCCCUCAGUAUUAUGUUAAUUAUUUAUAUUUUGCUGAUAAAUAGGCUGGUAGCCCCUACUUGCCUUUUAAGCUCGGUUAACUUUACUCCUCUGUCAAGUGUUGAGCGGACUACUUUAAAAGCCCAUUUUAGCAAUACAACUUAGUGACGUAUAUCGGGCAAAAAAGGUGUCUGGUAUAAUUAGGAAUGAGGUUUACCUGGUUUUCAUUCCUGUAAGACGAGAACCUAAAGUGUAACAGGAGAAAGAGAUUUCGAUUGUCGGUGAUAACGGACCCAAUGGUCCUAUCGAUACAUCGAGAAGCCCGCCUUACAUUUCUGCACAUCCAGAUUGUGUCAGGAAAGCCAAAAUCUUCAACCUGUGGAAGGAAUUUAGCACUGGCGCAAGAGGGACAUUAAGUGCAUACAUGACAGCUCCAGAAUACCUGUUCUGAUCUGAAUAGCCCAAUUUUCUAAGAAUACCUGUGGUUGGACUUCUCAGAACUGACUGACACGGCUCCUUCAGCCCAGGGGCCACCAUAUGAUCAAAAGCAAGAGAAUACGAUCUGUCAAAAGUCAGUGACCAACAUUUUAUCUUGAAAUAAAAACAACCUAACCAGAACGUUCAGAAGCAUAUCGCCUAGGUGAUAUGUUUCUGGUACGUUACGUCCGUACGUUACUAUACUUGAUUCCUUACAUUGCGUCAGCAUUGCAAGAACAACCUCCUUCCCAGGCUCCUUUUUCUUCCUCAUAUUCACAAGAAGAAUAAAAGGCAAGUUUUAUUUGAGUAACUGAAUUAUGAGAAGGCUAAUCGACUGAAGAUUGUGAAUCGUUUUUUCUAGAAUCCCGGGACUAGAAUAAAGAACACCGUUUUCAUUUGUGCGAGAAAGCGCAGUACUUCACGGCUACGUAACAACGUUUCCACUCGUUUAGACUGGGAACGAUAGUAUGUCAGUAUACUUGUCAGCGGCAACAUGUAGCUCCAAAUGCGUCGUAUCCAGUAGCAACGCGCGCCAGGAUAAAACUAAAAUCAAAAGACGAUAGAGCAAAAAGAGUUGUACUGUUUUUGUAGUCUUGUUGUUGUAAGUUUGUCGUUCACAGCCAAGCGCCAUGAGUGAAAUAGAAGCUCUCGAACUUCACGCAAUCAUUGGAUUUGCAGGUGAAGUUCCAGGAGGCCUGUUGGUCAACAGCGACAGAGAGCAUCUUAUCUAUCCACUUGGCAACAAAAUCGUUGUGGAGGAAAUAAAAGAGGAGAAAAAGGCGGCUUCAGGAGGUAGAGGAUCCGCGACAAGAGUUAACGGUAAAAGCAAGAAUACACCCGAAGAUCGAAGGAUGCGUCAGAGAUUAUUGUCAGGGCAAGGCGACAAAGGCCUGGCAGUUUCUUGUCUAGCAGUUUCCAAGAGUGGGAAGUAUCUGGCAUCUGGCGAAAAGACUCACAUGGGAUUUAAAGCCGAUGUCAUUGUGUGGGAUUUUGAGAGGGGCACCAUAAAACAUACCCUGGAUCCACUGCACAAAGUUAAAGUGGAAGCACUCGCGUUCUCUCCAAAUGACAAAUAUUUAGUGUCCCUUGGAGGGCAGGAUGAUGGAUGGUAAGUCAACUGUAUUGAACGAGGUUGCAUGUGAUAGCAGAAAUUAUCAUCAAGGCUAGUGGUUGUGUUGCCAUACAGACAACAGAGACCUAAUUGAUAAUUUUGCUAUCAGGGUAAAACCUCAUCUUUUAUGAAGUGUGUAAUUGUUCAUUAAUCAAAAUUAUAACAAACUUCAUGGCUCUGAUCAGCUAUCAGUAACCCCUGUUUUUGCCCAAAUAGGAUAUUGCACACAUUGCAAGUGUAAUCAGACAUUUUAUUAUAUGGCUAGCUCUGUGAAUGGGCAAGAUGAAUCAAAUCCUGCACCGUGAUUG